AUGUCGAUGUCUUUUAGUGACGAAGAUUCGUGGACUCCCUUUGAAAAACUAUUGCUUGUACAACUGGCUUAUAAAUACCAAGACAACUGGCAGUUAGUAGUUCGAAAUAUUAAGAGUAACGCAAUGAUCUCUCAUCCACCGGAGUUUUUCACUCAAAAGAAUUGUUCUAGCAAAUAUAGAGCUCUUAUUGAGCCAUAUGAAAGAGAUGAAAUUGAAAAUGAGAAUAAAAAGAAGUUAGGAGACAUUUCUGCUUCAUUAAAUGACGAACAUCGCAUGCCACCAGCUGCGAAAUUGGCCCGAAAACUUUACCAAGAUCGUAUUCUUGAAUUAAGAUCUCAGGUUUCGUCAACCGAACAAAGACUUCGGAACAUCUUCACCGAAAUUGAAGAUAUUAAGGCCGGAAAAUACGAUGAUAAAUUGGCAGAAAUGUUGAAAAUGGAAGAUGAACAAAAACAACAAGACCAUUCCAAUACAGAACGGUUUUCGGAACGACAAGAGGAGGAAAAUCCAGAUGCAUAUGAGAUUGUAGAAGAAACGGUACUUGCAUCUUCUGCAAAUAUUCCAGAUCAUGCAGGUAGAUCAUCGACUCAACCUAUUGUUGUUGAUAAUGAUAAUGAUGACCCCAUGAUUAUUGAAGUGCAAGAUGUAUCAGAAGCGAGUCCUAAUGAAGAGAAAAAAAUAGGAAUUUCUUUUACGGACAAGAAGUCAGAAUUAAAUAAUGAAAACGAUAAAUCGCUAAAUAUGAAUGAUAGAGAAGGCACACAGGAAUUAGAAGCCACAGAGAAAACAGAUUCAAUAGUUUUCGAUUCUACGGAAGAAAACGAAGUUGAUCAAAAAUCAAAAUUGAUACAUGCAACAGAAUCUUUUACAACGGUUAGAACACCAUCAACGCCACUUACGGAAUCAAACGAGCCUAAGUACGAUGAAAAAAUUGAACAAUCAUCAUCAGAAGUACAAAUGAAUACGGAAAUUAUGAAAGAGGACAUUCUAAAUGAUUCACAAAAGUCAACAGAUCAAGAUGUUGACAUGAUGGAUAUUGAUGUGAAAAUAAAAGAUAAGACUGAAGAACCAAUACUUUCACAACUUCAAGUAUCUACAAUAGAUUUACCUAAGCAUGAACAAAUAAAGAGACUUACCAAGGAAAAUAUCUCACCCAUAGAUUCCGAAGAUACACCGCGUGAGGAUAGCACUAUGGAUGUAGAUGAGUCAACAACUGAAAUGUCAAAUUUUCAAGAUUUGAAAGAAAAUCCACAGCAUGUUCGCUUUGGUAAUUUUGUAUCUUCACCAAUACCGAUUACCGAAGCGAAAGAAAUUGACUGUUUGGAACCAACCGGAACAGAUGGGGGAGAAUCAGAUGAAGCUGUCGGAUCGCCUGAUGAACAAACAUAUAUUAAUGAAUCAGAUAAUGAUAAAGCAUCUAUAACGGAAAUUGACAAUAGACAAAAUCUAACAUUGGAUACGAUCAAAAGUGAGGGAUCCUCAGAUACUACAGAACCAGCAGGAUCAUUUUGCGAAGAAGAAGAACAUAUUGAAUUGGAAGCAAGAACUGCCAAAACAGAUAUAUCAGAAAUUAAGGAUGAAAUUAUUUAUGACGAUCACAUACAAAUGGCAGAUUCGCAAUCACUUAAUGAAGAAAACGAAGAAAUGAGGUCAACAACCUCACAAGCUGAAUCUAAAGAGCAACUUACACCAUCAGCAACAACGUCCACACAUCACAUGGAUACGAUUACAAAUUCCAGUCCAGGCGAUGUUCAUGAAAGUGAGACUAUUUCAGGAAUCGACGCGUCUGAAAACGACAAAAAGCAAAAGACUUGGUUAAAACUAGCUAUGAUGAUGCUACAUGAAAUUGGCAAUCAUAAAUUUGCGAGCGUCUUCCAAAACCCAAUAAAAGAACAAGAUGCACCGGGGUAUUAUAGUAUUGUCAGACAACCUAUGGAUUUGAAAACUUUAAAGAAACGUUUGCGUGAUGGAGUUAUUCAAGAUACCGAUCAGUUUCAUCGGGAUCUUCUGCUAAUGUUUAUGAAUGCGUCCGUAUUCAAUCGAGAAGGAGAUAUUAAUAAGAUGGCAUCACAAAUGAAAGAACACGCCGAGAAUCUAAUUCAAGGAUUUAGAAGCGAGGGUUCAGUAGGAAUACAUGAACCUGCAACACGGAGAAAGAGCAUGGCCUUUGAAGCAAAAGAAGCGAUCAUACCUCCAAAAGAUGAUCGACGGAACUCAACGGAUAAAUCUGGUACGGGUCCUUCACGCCACGGGGUUACAUCCCAAUCACCAGUUGAGAUAUCUGAACAACGCCCGAACAAGAGAAAGCGACGUUUAACGACGUCACAAAAAUAA